AAUCUUUGUUGUAUGGAGAAACUCAUUAAUUGGUCUUUCGAAUUUGAAAAAUACAUUAAAAUAUUUAUGAGACUUUAGAAAGGUCUGCUAAUUAGUUAUUUUUUUAGUUUUAGCCGUUGAGUUUUUGAAAACUCAUUAGCUGAUCUCUCAGUUUGGUAAAAAGUUUAUUAAUUAAUCCCUCUAUAUUAAGGUAUUUUAGACCGUUUUAUGAUAUUUAACAGCUAAAAUUAAUAGACGAUUAAUUAAUAGAUUUUUUAAAACUUCAAUGAUAUUUUAAUAUAUUUUUCAAAAUCGAGAGACCAACUGAUGAAUUUCUCCAUAUCACUGAACUAAAUAGUAAUUUUUUCAAUUAUAAACUCUGCAGGUUCUAAUUGAUACCCAAAUGGGGUUAAUGCAGACAAGUUUAAAAUUAAGAAAAAUUUCCCAAUCUCUUAAUGUAAUUCAGCACAUAAAGGUGAAUACUUUUUAAAGCACCCAACAGGCCAGUCUUUGUUUUUAGGUUUGCAGACAUGAAGGCCCAUGCUUUUGAUUUCUUUUAAGUAUGCUUCUUCAGACAAGGUAUAGUAUCCAUUAAGUUAGGCAUCAAGAACAUAAACAUGAAAAAGAAAAAAAAAAGAAAAAAAAAAGUUUUUGUACUGCUAGGAUUAUCAUGUAUCUUUGUCUUUACAUUUUCUAUUGGGGUAUAAAGCUUAGCUACAUUGUUUAAAUUAUUCAUUGAGAAGUGUGAGUGUCUUGUUUUUCCAUAGCAGCUAAGCUAUAGGAUCUCAAGUUCUCAGAUAAUGUGUACUCCUACUUCUUAGGACCAAAACCCAAAUGCCUUCUCAUGUUAAGGGCCAGGACUACGGGCAAUUCACAAAUGAGCAAGGUCAUCUCUUAGAGAAACCAAUUGCUGAACAUUAAGUCUGGUGGUGCAUUUCACACAGCAGGACUAUGAGCACAUUCAGCUCCGAAAGAUCAAAGCCCUGGAACAUAUACACAACUCCAGACCCUACCUCGUCUCAGACUGGAGCCAUCGACCGUGAAGCUCCAUGGAAAAGUUUUGGAACAUCAAUGAAUGCCAUUGCCUUUGGAUUUGUUGCUACAGCUAUAUUAAUAUCAAUGUUCCUGAUAAUGGCGAUCUUCGAACAUCUAUUUAGGCCGAACCCAUCUUUUUCUUCCCCUCAAGGAUUGAUCAACAGGUCUUUACAAUCAGGACCAGUAGACAAACUUGGAAAUCCACAGACAGUGGCAACAACAUCGUACGCAGUCGAUUUUUCAGUACUGAUGCCUGGACAGCACUGUCCCACAUACAUUGCUCAACCAGCUCCUCUUCCAUGCACAAGGGAAGGGAUUUAUUGGCCUUCCCAUGAAAAUAAUAAUCUUAUGUUUCCUUAAUAUAAUGUAUAUAAAUAUAUACACUUGCAUUUUGUUGUAUCAGAGGAUUGUUGUUUAUAUAGUGCAAAAUACAGAAUGGCAGCAGAUCACUUCUACA